AUGCCUCCCCGACAACUCACGAUCCUCAUCACCGGCUGCUCCCCAGGCGGAACCGGCGCGGCUCUGGCAACUGCGAUGCAUAACGCUGGGCAUCGUGUCUUUGCGACGACGCGAAACCCUUCCAAGCUAUCUGAACUUUCCGGCCACGGUAUCGAGACAGUUGCCAUGGAUAUAACAUCAACAUCUUCAAUAACUUCAGCCCUAUCUGCUGUCUCGUCAUCCCUUCCCAAAGGCAAAGGCCUGGACAUGCUCAUCAACAACGCGGCAACCAACUACACGAUGCCGAUUGCCGAUGCGCCACUGGAUACUGCUAGAGAGGUCUUUGAGACCAACGUCUGGGGCCAGCUUGCAGUUACACAGGCCUUCUUACCACUACUUCUCAAGUCCGCAACCGCUACCUUCCAGCCCUUAAUUGUAAAUCAUACCUCGGUGGGAUCCGUCGCGGCUCUGCCCUUCCAAGGCGUCUACAACUCAUCCAAGGCGGCAUUUGCAAUGCUCUCGGACACGAUGCGCCUUGAGCUGGCCGCUUUCGGGAUUCGCGUCGUGGAAUUGAAGACUGCUGGGGUGCGAACGAACCUCAUCUCCAACAGCAAGUUCAAUACUGAGUCCGAUAGACUCCCGAAGGGUUCGAUAUACAAUCCGGCUCGUGAAAUUGUAGAGAAGGCCAUGAGCCAGGAAGAGCUCCGCGUCAUUGGCAUAUCGGCUGAUGAGUGGGCUGCCCAGGUUUCCGCACCUCUAUUGAGCCAGAACCCACCAAGGGUCAUCUGGAGAGGCGAGAGCGCGCUGGUAUCGCGGAUAGCCAGCAUGCUGCCGUCGUGGAUCUUUGAGGGCAUGCUGAAGAAGAUGACGAAGUUGAAUCUCGUGGAGGAUAUCAUUCAGGAGUCUAGGAGAUAA